AUGCCAAGAAGCAGUUUCUCAGGGAUGAUAUCAGGCCCGAAGGUUGACGUGAUAAUCGACUUGGGGAACCCCUUGCUCAACCAUACCGUCGAUGGCUUCUUGAAGAUCGGAACCGUCGCUGCUACAAGAGCUGCUGCAGAGGAAGCUUACUCAGUGGUCAAGAAAGGGAGCAUUUCCACUCACGAUGCGGAGCACACUUUGAAGAAGAUGUGUAAGGAAGGUGCAUAUUGGGGAACUGUAGCCGGAGUGUAUGUGGGAGCAGAGUAUGGUUUAGAAAGGAUCCGUGGCACCAGAGACUGGAAGAAUGCCAUGAUCGGGGGUGCUGUGACAGGUGCUCUAGUAUCUGCAGCCACCAAUAAGGGCAAGGAUAAAGUUAUAGUGGAUGCAAUUACAGGAGGUGCCAUUGCAACCGCUGCGGAAUUCAUCAACUAUCUCACCUGA